AUGGGGAGGGAGCAAGUAGGCAGCUGGAGAGGUGGCGGCAGCGACAACCCAAGUUGCAGGGCUUCAGUUGGUGGAAACAUGGACCUUAUCACGGUGCCCAAGGGCGAUUCAUUUCCUGAAGAUCUCUAUGCUUUUUCUUAUAAUCCCAGAUCCUCAAAAGAGAUGAGGGAAAAUGGGUGGAAAUUAUUACCCAACAUCAGUUUUGAGUGAAUGGGAAUACCCAACAGGUACUGGACCAUAACAGAUGCCAACAGAAACUAUGAGUUGAAUGCCAUGGCCAACCGAGCAGCUGGGAAGGGGUAUGAAAAUGAAGACAACUAUGCCAGCAUUCCCUUCAGGUUCAUGGGCAUUGAGAACAUUUAUGUGAUGUGGAGUAGCCUGCAGAAACUCUUGGAAGUUUGUGAAUUGAAAACUCCAACAAUGAGUGAAUUUCUUAGCGGUCUGGAGAGCUCAGGGUGGUUGAGACACAUUAAAGCUAUUAUGGAUGCUGGAAUUUGCAUUGCAAAAGCAGUAAAUAUAGAAAAGGCCAAUGUGUUAGCCCAUUAUUCUGUUGGGUGGGACCUCACACAUGUCUGCUCUGUGGCCAGCAUCCUCCUAUAUCCAUUUUAUGGGACAUUCAAAGGACUCAUGAUCCUGAUACAGAAAGAAUGGAUAUCCAUGGGCCACAAGUUCUCACAAAGGUGUGGCCACCUGAAUGGGGACUCUAAAGAAAUGUCUCCUAUUUUCACCCAGUUCCUAGACUGUAUCUGGCAAUUAAUGGAACAAUUUCCUUGUGCCUUUGAGUUCAAUGAAAAAUUCUUGCUGGAGAUCCAUGACCAUGUUUUCUCUUGCCAAUUUGAGAACUUCCUUGGAAACUGCCAGAAGGAUCAGGCAGAUCUGAGAGUCUAUGAGAAAACCCAAUCCCUGUGGCCUUUCUUGGUUCAGAGGAAUCCAGACUUCAGGAACACUCCCUAUAAAGCCUUCACUAUAUAUGGGGUACUCAAUGCUAGUACUGUGCCCUACAACAUUAAACUGCAAGCCCAUCAUGAGCCACCAGAAGAAAUCUGUUCAUGCGCCCAAUUAGGGAAUUUAUUAUCUCAGCAUCUGGGAAGUCCUUUGACGAAUACUCUUGGCUUUAUGGGUAUCAGUGGAGAGAUGAACAGCUUGAUGGAUAAUGGUACGCCCAGGGAAGGAGGCCUCCAAGCUCAGAUGGAUCAAGUAAAAAGCCAGUGUGCAGACUUUCACUGUGACUAUUCCAGGAUCAUAGGUAGCCUUGGGGCCAUAAACAUUUAUGGGGAUGUGGGAUUCUCUGAAAUGGGAAGCUCUGAGUCCAGGGACAUCUAUGGGGCCACAGGCAUCUCUGAGGCUAUGGGCUACUGUGCAGGCAUCAGCAUCUCUGAGGCCAUGAGCUUCUCUGUGAGCAUGGGCAUCUCUGGGGACAUAGGCAUCUCCAAGGUCAGCACCAAGGAGGCAGGCUGCUCUAAACAACAGUGA